GCGCCGCCCAUGGAGAAGCCCGAGGUGGUGAAGACCCACCUGAGGGACAUGAUCAUCCUGCCGGAGAUGGUGGGCAGCAUGGUGGGCGUCUACAACGGCAAGACCUUCAACCAGGUGGAGAUCAAGCCCGAGAUGAUCGGCCACUACCUGGGCGAGUUCUCCAUCACGUACAAGCCGGUGAAGCACGGCCGGCCCGGCAUCGGGGCCACCCACUCCUCCCGCUUCAUCCCGCUCAAGUGAAUAAAGACCUUCCUCCUGGAC